AUGAAACCUCUUCUCUUCUUUACCCUCAUUGCCCUAUUUUCAGCCACCACAAACUUAUCAUCAGCUGCAAAAACAACACAGGAGAAGAAGAAAUAUGUCUCCAUCACCAACACGGCGAAACGCGGCUCGACAGUCGACUGCUCGUACGGCGACAAGAAUCUAAACGAGGUUCUGAAACCGGGCGAUGAGGUUCGGUGGGAGCUUUCCAAGAAAGACGCGGUCAAAAUGAUUUGCCACGUUUAUCUCGACGAUUUGACCUACUCGGACGCGGGAUAUUUCCACGCGUUUCCCAAGAAGAAGUGCAAGCGCGAAUGCAAGUGGAGAAUCCUAGACGAUGGUGGGAUGCAGAUUAGGCUCGUCGAUCACGAGAGGUGGGAGAAUUACGAUCUCGAGCACGACAAGGAUCGAUUUUGCGAAAACGACGAAGAUUCUCCACCCGAAUCCAAUGAAAAACCGAAGGUUGACGACUCGGGAGAAUGGGAUUACUCGCCAGAUGCAGAAAGACCGGUGUACGAGAAACAAAACGGUACUGACGAUGAGAAACCGAACGGUAAAUUAGCGCCGGCGCCUACGAAAGCAAAACCGACACCCAGACAUAAACCCGAGCAACCCAACAAAGGGGAUUCGGAAACUAAGGGACCGGGAAAAGCGAAUGCUCCGAUGCCAGCAAAGAAGAAACCUGAAAAUGGCGAAAACAAACAUGCCACUGUGCCCACAAACAGAAAACCCGAGAAACCUAAAACAGACAACCAAAAACCCGGAGCACAUGAUAUCAAGCAUGCACCAGCACCCACACAACCAAAACCCUCAAAAUCCGAUGCCAAAUCGCCACAAUCAGCCGAAAAGAAUCCUGGAAAAGGCGAAAACAAACACGCCCCUGUGCCGACAAAGGGAAAACCCGAGAAACCUAGAGUAGACAACCAAAAACCCGGAGCACAUGAUAUCAAACAUGCACCAGCACCCACACAACCAAAACCCUCAAAAUUUGAUGCCAAAUCGCCACAAUUAGCCCAAAAGAAUCGUGGAAAAGGCGAAAAUAAACAUGCCCCUGUGCCGACAAAAGGAAAAACUGACACACCUAGAAUAGACAACCAAAAACCCGGAACACAUGAUAUAAAGCAUGCACCCGCACCCACACAACCAAAACCCUCAAAAUCUGAUGCUAAAUCGCCACAAUCAGAGAAAGAAAAACCUGAAAAAGGCGAAAACAAAUAUGCCCCUGUACCGACAACGGGAAAACCCGAGCAAACUAAGAUUGACAACCAAAAACCCAUAGCACACGAUAUCAAGCAUGCACCAGCACCCACACAACCAAAACCCUCAGCCAAAUCGCCACAAUCAUCCGAAAAGAAUCCUGAAAAAGGUGAAAAUAAACAUACCCCUGCACCGACAAACGAAAAACUCGAGAAACCUAAAAUAGACAACCAAAAACCUGGAGAGCAUGAUAUCAAGCAUGCACCAGCACCCACACAACCAAAACCCUCAAAACCCGAUGCUAAAUCGCCACAUCCAGCAAAAGAGAAACCCAAAACCAAUGCUGAAAUUGUUCCAUCCCCAUCAAAGCAAAUCUCCGUAAACCCCAAGACUCAUUCUCCACCACCAUCUAAAGCGAAAGACGAGCCGAAAGUUCCUGAUACAAAACACGCAACUCCUCCAUCAAUUCCAAACACAAAACCCGAAAAUCCCAAGACUAAGAAUUCUCCCCCACCAUCGAAAGGGAAAAACAAGCCAAAUGGACCAAACACAAAACCCGAAAAGCCCGAGACUCAUUCUCCGCCACCAUCGAAAGGGAAAGACGAACCGAAAGGACCUGAUACAAAAAAUGUAACUCCUCCAUCAAUGCCAAACCCGAAACCCGAGCAACCAGGAAAUACCGAGGGUGAGAAAGCGGAACGAAGAAGAAGGGUUUUGCUCUACUGUACUAUAGAUGACUCGAGGUAG